AUGAUGGCAGCUGAGUGUCCCAAUCUUGCAAUCUACCUGGAGGAGGUCCGCUAUUUUUUGCAAGAUGUGCUGGGCGGCAGUUGGCAGGACCUGCUUCGACUUGGGGCGAGUGACGCUGAAGAUUUAAUCUUAGACAGGGUGGAAUCUCAUGUCGACAAGUGUACUGAUGAGGCUAUCCGCAGUAUGUGUUUCUUCGUCUCGCGGGGCAAAUGCCCUCUAUUGCUCGUGAUUGAGCAUCCCACUCAGCUGCAGUGUCAGGUGAUUCGACGGGUGGAACGCCUCCGUUUUCUCUGCAAAGGAACAGCUACAGUUUUUCCUUAUCCUGAGCUUACCUCUGGGCUAAGGAAGAAGCUAGUCAGCGCCAAAUUGAAGGUGCCCGACAUGCUGGAGAUUCUGUCACCUUACUACGAUUUCAUUUUGUCGCGCGAACCUCAAUGGGCGCUCGAUGUUCAGGGAAGGAGCUUUAUUGCAAGAUGCGCGAUCGUGGUGAUGCUGUUCCUUGGAGAGCAAAGCGAUUUUGUUUGGCACGUAUGGGAUUCCGAAAAUGAGGGAGGUCAGUGGGCUUUUCCGGGGGGUGAUGUGUGCCGAGUUCAUGACCAAUCCCUGCUGGGAACCGCGGAGAGAGAAUGGAAUGAAGAGGUUCUUGGCCCUGGAUUUGCAUUCAAUGUGGUUCGAAGUCCUGAUUUCGAACCCAUUAUCAUACCGUUCCUUGAGGGUAAAAGCGCCCGCUACCCAGUUCAACCUUAUGUGGUAGCAAGAGCGACAACGGAGUUCUUUCAGGCAACACAAGCGCAGCGCUAUCGUUUCCAAGUCCCACCUCAUGCUAUAUCCAAGUCAGGUUGCAAGGAGGAAGAUUUCCGAAGGUUGCACACAGACCCCAAAGCGACUCUGGUGGAACACGACUGGGGGACAUGGGCAAGGAUCGAGAGACAGGGGAAUGGGAUCUCAGGGCUCAUUGUCCCGGAGAUCACCACAGGCGAGGGUCCCGCAGCCACAAACACGCGAUGGGAAAACCUUGCUAUGCUUCAGAAGAACUGGAAGGAUAUCGAGAUGAGGCUCAGGUCACCAAGUCAACGAUCUGCUCUGGCAGGAUAUAGCAAGAGCAAGGGAAAAGGAUCCGCGGCUCAGCAGAGCCACACAGGGCAUGAUUGA